CUACCCAUUGACCCCGUUAAACUGCACCGACCACCUCAGCGUCCCACAUACGAUACAUAUAUAAACACACUCAAUAUACAUAUACCUGUUCCGACUCGCAACGAUGCCUCAGUUCUUCCAAACCACCAACUACAUCCAGCACAAUUGGGCAAACGUUACCCAGGCCGUAUGGCAAAAAUACCCAAACCCGUUUGCGUCCCACGUGCUGUCGUCCGAUGUCGUUGAGAGAAGGGUCGAUCCGGUGACCGGUGUCAUGAGUACCACGAGACUGUUCUUGAAGAAAGGAGCUAUACCAAAAUGGGGCCGUUCGCUAUUCAACGUCCGCGACGCCUUCAUCCUCGAAACCUCCACAGUAGACCCCCGCACCCAAACCAUGACCACCGUAACCCGCAACCUUUCCCACAAGAAGAUCAUGCUUGUCGAAGAAACCCAAACCUACACACCCCGCAUAGACGAUCCCAUCAACUGCACACAAUUACGCACCAACGUCCGCAUCAUAUCAAACACCGGCUGGGCACCCAUCAAAUCCAGGAUCGAGGGCUUUGGGCUCUCCAAAUUCAAGGAUAAUACCAUUAGGAGCUCGAAGGGGCUGAUGCAUGUGUUGGAGAGGCUGAAGCAUCAUCAGGGGGAGGUGAUGAGGUAGAGAUGCGGAUUGCUGCCCCAUGUCGACUGCUCGUCGUAAGAGCGUCUGAGCGUCUGAGCUCGUUUUUGUGUAUCCUUUUUUUUAUUCCUUUUUUGCGAACAUCCACAAUGUCAUCUGUUCAUAGUCUCGGCACUCUCGCGAUUGUGCAGUCUCCCCAGCGGAAUGAAUAUGAAGUUUGCGCCGGUCGUUGCUACUACAUGUCCACACACAUACACAAUCCGCAUAUCCGCUACCUACAAAAUAUAGAACGCACAAACUCUACGCCGCAGAUGAACGUGGUGGCGCAGAGGUAGUGACUGUUUCGCGCUUGCAAAUCUCAAUCAAAAGCGUUUCAAUGUAUGGGGAAUCAACUAAUCUUCAUGGUCG